GGAAUGCUAUUAAUGUCUAUAAAUCUGAACUUCUAGUAAAAAAAGAUUAUUUCACACGUAUGUUUGCAGAAGAUAAUGUAGAUAUUUUAUUCGUAAAAUUGUGAAAUUAGACCAACAAGAUGUCUUCAUCCGCAAUAUACAUCUUAGAUGUAAAGGGUAAAGUCCUCAUAUCGAGGAAUUAUCGCGGCGAUGUGGAUUUGGGCAUCAUUGACAAGUUCAUGCCACUACUUAUGGAGAAAGAGGAAGAAGGAAUGUUGACUCCUCUAUUGCAGACCAGUGAAUGUACCUUCGCUUAUAUCAAAACCAACAACUUGUACAUUGUAUCAACAACAAAGAAAAAUGCUAACAUAGCACUUGUAUUUGUAUUCUUGUACAAAAUUGUGGAGGUCAUGACUGAAUACUUCAAAGAGUUGGAGGAAGAGAGCAUCCGGGACAAUUUUGUGGUCAUUUAUGAGCUGUUAGAUGAACUAAUUGACUUUGGAUACCCACAAACAACUGACAGCAAGAUACUACAAGAGUACAUAACCCAGGAAGGCCACAAAUUGGAAAUGCAACCCCGUAUUCCCAUGGCAGUAACAAAUGCAGUAUCUUGGAGGUCUGAGGGUAUUAAGUACAGGAAGAAUGAAGUAUUCUUAGAUGUCAUAGAAUCUGUUAACUUGUUGGCUAAUUGCAAUGGCAAUGUUCUACGAAGUGAGAUUGUAGGUGCCAUUAAAAUGAGAGUGUACUUAUCAGGUAUGCCUGAAUUGCGUCUUGGUCUAAAUGAUAAAGUCUUGUUUGAGAGUACAGGGCGAGGCAAAUCAAAGUCUGUGGAGCUUGAAGAUGUAAAAUUCCAUCAGUGCGUCAGACUGUCUCGGUUUGAAAAUGACAGGACAAUUUCUUUCAUCCCACCUGAUGGAGAGUUUGAGUUGAUGUCAUACAGAUUGAAUACUCAUGUCAAGCCUUUGAUUUGGAUUGAAUCUGUCAUUGAACGCCAUGCCCACUCUAGGGUAGAGUAUAUGAUCAAGGCAAAGUCUCAGUUCAAGAGGCGUUCAACUGCUAACAAUGUUGAGAUUAUAAUUCCCGUCCCAGCUGAUGCUGACUCUCCAAAAUUCAAGACUACAAUUGGCAGUGUCAAAUACACUCCUGAACAGAACGCUAUCACCUGGUCUAUUAAAUCCUUCCCUGGAGGCAAAGAGUACUUAAUGAGAGCUCACUUUGGAUUACCAUCUGUCGAGUGUGAAGAAGUUGAUGGUAAACCUCCAAUCCAAGUCAAGUUUGAAAUCCCAUACUUUACUACUUCUGGUAUCCAAGUAAGGUACUUGAAGAUUAUUGAGAAGAGUGGGUAUCAGGCUUUGCCUUGGGUGCGGUAUAUCACACAGAAUGGAGACUAUCAACUAAGAACUAACUAAUCAUUUUUAUUACAUUCCAUAGAUAUAAGAAGCACCAUAUUAUGUUAUAUACAAGUUGUCUAUUUUGCAUUAUUAAUAAUUAUAGGUUUUAAAAAAUUAUGUAGUA